GCGGAAAUGCCUCCCAAAAAUAAGACUAAGCGGAAUUGCAGACUGAGAGACAACGAGGGCAAAGCAUCAAGGUCAAAGAGGUCAAGACAAGAGCGACCAGCGGUAGCGAUAGAGGUUGACGAUAAUCAUACAGUUCAGGAACCAGGUCCUUCAGGAAGCAUCGCCGCCCAAGAGAAUGUAGUUGGUGCCAGAAAGUCAAACUCUACCCCACUGGCCCCAGCACCUGUGCCUGCUUUGGCCAUUGGAUCUCAAUCAGGUACAAGCAUUGGUUAUGAGAAUCAAUAUGUAGAUAGCAUUCAUUCACUAUUGGCUAGCAAUGUCUCUAACUCAUUGAAGUCUAAAAUCAUUAGUUCAGCAUACAUAGAGAUUAGUUUGUUGCUUGAUAACACUUCCCUGACAGAAUCUUCAGAGAAAAAAAUAUUUUUUAAUGAAAAAGGGGAGUUGGUCACAAGAGAGGUUGUUAAACCUAGCAAUAAGAUUCAAAAUAUCAGUAAAUGGACAGAUGCAUUCUUAGUUUACUCUAGCAUUUAUGCUUCAGCCCACCCAGAAUCUUACCAGGGUUUGCUGAAAUAUUUACAUGACAUAAGACUCGGGGCAUCAAGAUGUGGGGAGGGGGAUUUGGGAUGGAAGAAAUAUGAUGAGCAGUUUCGACUUCGCCGCAGUAUCGAUCCCACCAUAGAUUGGUCUAAAGUAGACUAUGAGUUAUGGUUGAUGUUUAUGUCAUCAUCCCCACAAUCUAAACUAACAAUUAAACCGAACAGCCCAGCCUACAACAAGUGCUAA